AUGGCACGAGCAAGCCUCCUCCCUCUCGUUAUCCUCUUCGUCGUGAUCGCCGUCCUCGUAGUCGUCGGCUUCAUCGUCUACAGCAUCGUCCAGGAAGUGACCAACACCACACGUGAGAAGAUGGAGAAGCGCAAUGUCAUGUUUACCAAGGAUGGUAUGACGGUCGGGGUGAAAGAGUUGAAGGAGGAGGAUUACGUCGAUCGGAGUCAGAGUAUCCUGGUGAACAUGUGGAACCACACUUCUUUCCCUGCGUACAAGAGCCGGCUUUGGAACAUGGCUGGCAAGAGUGAGGAUCAGGCGGUUGAGAAGAGAAGACCGUACUCGCAAUGA